CAUUGCAGUCAAGGACCACAAAGUAUGUCACGAAUGGAUGUCCGAGACUACGAUAAUGAAUACUCUGCACAACAAGGCUACGAUGGUUACCAGCAAAAUCAAGCUCCUGCAGAGCAGACAGAUGAUAAGCCCCUCAGUGCCUCUGACAUUACAGCAAUAGCGGAGAGUACAGUAAACCAAUUGCUGAUGAGAGACGAACGCAGAUCCGAGGAGAGACACAGUCGAUCAAGGAGACGCAGCAGGUCAAGGAGUAGGGGACGGUCCCGCGACAGAAGCAGGGGCAGAGACAGGACUCGCAGCCGAGAGAGACGAAAGAGUCGAGAUAAGUCAGAGAGCAAGCCAAAUGCUAUUAGCAGACUUGAGAAACUGAAGGAUCCGAGGAUUGUUACAUUGAAAGGGCUCAAGUCUUUCCAUAAAGAGAGCGAUAUUCGAAGAAAACUGGUGGACGAACGAAUGAGAUUUAGGGACAUCAGAGUCAUCUUCAACAAAGCGACUCAGUCAGGAACAGCUUUUGUUGAGUUCCAGUCGGAUAGCGAGGCUGCAAGAUGGGUCCGACAUAACAGGGGUAUGCUAAAGGUCGCCGGAGAACACUUAACUAUGGAUCUCAACAAACCCCUUGCUGCCCCCAAAAAGGAUUGGAUCUGCGCACCGUGUGGAGAAAAGAACCACUACGCCCGCGACUCGUGUUAUUCGUGUCAGUCUGAGAAAGAAGAAGCUCCUGAGAAGCCAAGAUUACGGUCACAGAGCCCUGGAGAUGGUAAAGACAAGGAUGCUAUCCCCUCUAACGUUCUGAUGUUCAGAGGACUAGACUACCGCACAACAGAGGAGCAAGUACAGCGCCGACUGCGGGAUCUCACUAAAGUUCCCAUAAAAGAUGUGCGUCUCAUAACAGAUAAAUAUACCAACAAAUCACGAGGAUUCUGCUUCGUAGAAGUUACCUCAGUUGCGGAAGGGAAGGAGUUGAUGAACAAAAUUCAGAGACUUGACCCACCAUUUGAGAUCAGUAAUCGGAAAGUAACAGUAACAUACCAACGCGAACCUGGUGAGAAGAACCAGGCAGCUGAUGCAGCCAUCGCAGCUGCUCAAUGGUCAGCAACUACUAAACACGAUGUAACAGUGGAGACACUAAACGACGCUCCAAACCCCGCUACUGCUGCUCAAGGAGCUAUGCCACAAACUAUUGGUUCCUACGUGUGGGAUGAGAAGUCUGGCUACUACUUCGACCAGUCGUCAGGAUUAUACUACGAUCCUAAAACCAAGUACUAUUACAACCCAACUGAUGAGAAAUACUACUACUGGGACGAUAAGGAACAGAAGUAUGAGACGGUACCUGCAACAAGCUCACAAAUGCCCGACCAGCAAACAGCUGCUUCCUCUGAAACACCGUCAGACCCUGCCGAGAAGGGUAAAUCAAGUAAUAUCAAGGCUACGAAAGCUAUGAACGCUAAGAAGAUACAGAAAGACAUGGAGAGAUGGGCUAAGGCUAAAAACAGACAACAAGCUAAGGCUAACCCUCCGAAAGUGGAAGCCGAGCAACCCCAGCCAGAGGCUCCUGUUGUGCAAUCUGGGAACAGUAUAGCCCUGAAGAUAGCUCAAGACUACGCAGACCCUGUCUACCAACAGACCCAGCAACCAGGGGUUCCAGCCCCUCUUCCUCCCUCCAUAUUCCCCAUCACCAACAUCGCCACCGCUCCUGUUGUUAUGACUGACGAACAGAUUAACAGUAAAUAUGAAGACUUAUCUGCUAUCGCGUGCUUACUCUGUAAGAGGAAGUUCCCAUCAGUUGAUAAUUUGAGGCGACAUCAGGAACUAUCAGACCUCCACAAAACAAGUCUGGCGGCAGAACGACAGAAGAUGUCCUCAGCAGGGUACACAGACUCCUCAGUGUUAGACUACAGGGACAGAGCGGCUGAGCGGAGGAACAAGUUCGGAGCAGACCCUGCUGCUCCUCCAGCUAAGUUCAUGAGACGAUGAGGGGGACUUGUCUUGAGUGGAUACACUACAAGAGCAACAUAGAAGCUACGCGAGUAGAUUGGGACAGUCUGCGAAGAAAAGAUCGAAGUCAAUUGGUUAAAAGAUUUGCACUCAUCUCUUGCUUGAAGACUUCUUAUUUAAAGUUUUAUUUCAAGAUCAAAGGGUCAUGUGCAUCAGAUAUUUAUUAAAUCCUCUUCGUUUGGGGUCAUUACUCAUGUUUUAAAUAUUUUGACUCUAGUUAUUUUGUAGUUCACAUUCUAUUUCAUCUUAACUUAA